UUGGCCAACACGGGACACGAAAUCGCGUGGCUUUUGGGGGUGUGAAAUUUGUGGUUAGGAGACGUCCUAUAUUGUGAAGCAUUAACCAAUUUACUAGACAAGAUGUCGGUGCUGCAGUGUGUCCACAAACUUGUCAGCAAGCUUCCUCACAUAAACCCAACACGUUUAUGUGCCCCUCAUUUUAGUACAUCGAAUCCAGCCUCCUCCAUUAUCCUUCUAUCGAGGUUACGCGUUGUGGACAACUCCGCGCUAGGAGCGUCAGCAGUCCACAAACCACCUCGCUGCAUCAUGGUCUACAACAAACAACGCAUCGGCACGACAGGAGACAAGAUCUUAGUAGCAAUCAAGGGGCAGAAGAAGAAGGCUCUGAUUGUUGGAGUCAAACAGGUCGGACCAAGGAUGACACCAAGGUUUGACUCAAAUAACAUUGUGUUGCUGGAGGAGAGCGGCAACCCCACAGGAACGAGAAUUAAGGUUCCGAUUCCGUCACAUCUGAGAAGUAGGAAAGAUUUGUCCAAAGUAUUUGCCAUCGCCACAACAUUUGUAUGAUCCUCACUCUUGAGUUUCACUGACUGUAAAAAGAAAAAGCUACAUGAAUUUUCAACCUUUGAGAAAGACUCUGCUAGGGUUGAAACGUUAGGCCCGAUACUUCACAAUUGAUUAAGCAGGUAGUGUUUACAAAAAUGAAACACCACAAAAGGGGUAAAGAACUUUGUGCACCCUUACUUUCAAAAUGUUGGUAUGAUAAGAUUAACCAAUUUUAGAAGACAAGUAAAAAAAACAAAAAAAUAAUCAUUCUGUCAGAAGUAUUUCUUUGUUAAAAUCUUGUUAAUUGUACAUUGGAAGUAGAUGAGUACUUGUUGAGACCAUGCCAUUAGAUUCUAUGAUGCACUGUUUCGAGUUGAUUUUUCUUAAUACCGAAAUUUAGGGCAUUAUAUUUGCAUUUUUUUUCUUGUUCUUUAGAGAGCCACACCAGUGUUAAUAAACUUGUA